AUGUCGAAACAAGCGUUUGAACAAGCGAACGAAGCUUUUGUUGACGAGAAAUAUGAAGAAGCAUAUGAAUUUUAUACAAAGGUUCUUGUGAAUGAUGAUAAGACUGAUCAUCAAUUUACUUCUAAAGUCUUGGCAUCACGUGCUCAAUGUUCAUUAAAAUUAAAAAACUAUGCCGAGGCAUUAAAGGAUAGUAAUGAUGCCAUUGAAUUAGAUGAAACAAAUAUCAAAGCAUAUCUUCGUAAAGGUGUUGCAUUAUAUAAUCAAGAUUUAAAAGAAGAAGCUCGGCAAGUAUUUGUUCGUGGACUUGAAUUUGAUUCUACUAAUGAACAAUUGAAAGUAUGGCAACAAAAAUGUGAAAAAGAAUUAGCAGAACAAAAAUCUGUUCCUAUGGCUGUUUCUGUUGAAAAAGAAAAAUUAACUACGAAUACUACACCUGUUGUUCCUUUGCCACCAGCAAAAAUUAAACAUUCAUUCUAUCAAACGGACAGUGUUGUUACUAUUCAAAUUCCUAUUAAAGGUCUUAAAAAAGAUCAAGUUCAAGUUCAAUCAACAGAUACAAAUAUUAACAUCAAGACAAAAAUACCUUCUUCAGGUCAAGAUUAUUCACUUGAACUUGAUCUUGCUUAUCCAAUUGAUUCAUCACGUACAACUUUUAAUGUUACUGGUUCAAAUAUCGAAAUCAAAUUAUAUAAACGAGAAGCUAUCCAGUGGACAUCAUUGGAUGCUCAAUCAACAACAGCUAAAGCUCUACCACCAGUUCCAAUGAGUCGACCUUUACUUGAAAAAGCACCAACUUAUCCAUCAUCAAGUCAACGUGCAAAAAAUUGGGAUCAAUUGGAAGCUGAAAUAAAAAAAGAUGAAAAAGAAAAUAAAGAUGAUAUGGGUGAUGCUAAUGCUAUUUUUCAAAGAUUAUAUCACGAUAGUGAUGAAAAUACACGUCGUGCAAUGAACAAAUCAAUGUAUGAAUCUGGUGGUACAUGUUUAAAUAUGAAUUGGGAAGAAGUAUCUAAAGGUCGAGUCACGUGUGAACCACCUGAUGGACUGGAAUGGAAGAAAUAUGAUUCAUGA